UAUUCCUUGGCUGAUGCUAAGUAUUUCAGCAGGGAACUUCCAGGCCUUCCAGAACUGUCCUAGACGAUGAGAUCAGCAAUUAUUGAUCAGUUGCAAGUGAUCAAGAAAAGGCUCUAUGAACAAGGGCAUUUCUGAGGCUCUUGCUGGUGUUUUGCCUUUCAGCUGACCCCCUCCACCUUCCAGGAGGAGAUGUCUCUCACCACCAAGCAGAGGCUGGCCAGAGCUAAGAUGCUGCCUCCGAUUGUCCAGCCUCUAGCCUGCCAUGACAAGGUAGCCUUUCUGUGCCCUUGCUGUUGGAUGUGGUAUUUGAGGAGGCUGCCAAAAGAGCAGCUUGGCUUGAGCCUGCUCAGUGUGGUCCAGGAGUGUUUGACCAGGCCAGGGCAGAGAUGGAAGAGCCACUGUUUGCCCAGUGUGACCUGGGCAAAUGCACUCAGCCAGAGUCUGUACUUCACUGGGGAUCAGAGCAGAAUCUUCCUGCCAGCAGCUGAAGCUCUCCCUGCUCUCCCUUGCCUCUCCUUGCAGGUCUCAGCAGCUGAGCCAAAGCAGAGCCCACUUCAGCCUUGCCCAGCAGAGGUGGUGUUUCAGAAGUACAGCCCUGGUGAGGUCUGUGAAGUGCCAGUGGUUCUGAGGAACAUGGACAAGGUAAGUGCUGGCCCGUGGAGAUUUAACACUGUGCUGGAAGAGGAGCGUGCAGAAUGGUGCUGAAGGAUGGCAACAGGCCACGUCCACCUGUCUCCACAAGUGGCAAAAGCAUCAUUCCAUGUCUUUCCUGCAGGUUUCUCAUCUGGUGAAGGUCACCUUGGAGAGCUCCCCUUAUUUCCAGCUGGUGGGCCCCAAUGACGUGUACCGCAAGGUGCCCCCGGGCCUCUCCAAGGCUGUGCGCAUCCUCUUCACCCCUGGGCAGAACAAGGAUUACUUCCACCGGCUCGUCUGUGUCACUGAAAGGGAAGAGCUCAUUGUGCCCAUUCGGGCCAUUGGUGCCCGAGCCAUCCUGCAGUUCCCUGACCAGCUGGACUUCUCCCAGUGCACAGUCAAGUACAUCACCCAGAAAACUGUGCUGCUCAGCAAUGCUGGCAACCGGGAAGCUCAUUUCCAGCUGAGCACCCAGAGAUUUCCUGGAGGGUGCUGGAACAUGUUGGUAGCUGGCUUGCACCCUCCUGGGCACAAGCAGCUUCUGAAAUGGUCACUCACCACUGUCAGCCAAACAGACCCAUUCUCUGGGAGGCCACAGGCAUGUGGUUUUCCCGUGGUCCUCUCAGGAGAUGCUCGGUGUGAGCUGUGUUGUGGACAGCCAGUGCUGUUCCUCCCUUUCUCUGUCAUUCCGGCCACGGGAACUCUGGGCAUCGGUGACAGCAUGCAGGUGACAGUGGGAUUUCUGCCAAUGUGGACUGGUGACUAUUCCACGACCCUUGUCAUGCACUACGACACAGUCACUUCUUCAAUCCCACCCCUCUCUCAACUUACUGCAACAUUCAACAAACCCGCCCCACGGAGCUCCGAGACGGCACAGCCCAGCCGGGGACCAUCCCCACAUCAUCACCCCGCCCACGGCACGGCCCUAAACACCUCCAGUGCGGGCACUGUGCUAACCUCCCCGGUCAGCCCAGUCCAAUGUCUGAGCAUCCUUCUGGGAAGAAAUUCUUCCAAAUGUCCACCCUUAACUUCCUCUCGUGCAGCUUUAGUAAGUGGUAUCACUUGUCACCUGGGAGAAGAGCCCGAUCCCCACCUGGCUCCACUCUCCUUCCAGGUAGUUGGGGAGAGAUAUAAGGUCACCCCUGACUGA